GGGGCCCGGGCGAAGGAGCGCGCGCGGGCGCCUGGCUUCGGGUGCGAGGCCGCGGGCAGCCCCUGCUGCGCGGACGCCUGGCCUCGGGCGGCCCGAGGGGUGGGGUGGGGGCCGGGCGGGGUCCCCGGGAGCGAUGUCGGCGGACCUGAAGUCCAAGGGCGAGAAGGACGCCGAGCUGGACAAGCGGAUCGAGGCCCUGCGGCGCAAGAACCGGGCCCUCAUCCAGCGCUACCAGGAGAUUGAGGAGGACCGGAGAAAGGCCGAGCAGGAAGGCAUAGCUGUGACAGGCUCCCGGCGGGGCCUGCCUGCCAAUGGCCCCCAUGGGGCGGACAGGAGACGAGGGGAGAUGGCUGCCGCCCCCACCCUGACUGUUCAGGUCUUGCUGUCACCUGAGGAAAAACGUGUGGUGAGCAAUGAGCGAAAGCCCCAUGUCCCUCUCAGGGCCUCCCGCAGCAGCCCAAAUGCUGGGGGCUCUGUCCAAGGGGGGCCUGCUUCCAGCAGGAUCUCCUUGCGAGCCGAGUGCCGCCCAGAACAGCCCGGCUGGAAGGCGACCGAUGAAGACAGCACAGGUAUCAGCAAGCGGGGCCAAGGAGGCCAGAGGACACGGGGGCGUGGGGGCCCUGCAGGAGAUGCUGGCCCAGACAGGAGAUCCAAGGAGUGGGAAGAGCGCCGCCGGCAGAACAUUGAGAAGAUGAACGAGGAGAUGGAGAAGAUUGCGGAGUACGAGCGAAGCCAGCGGGAUGGACUACAAGAGAAGAAUCCUGUGCGCAACUUUCUAGAUGACCCCCGGCGCAGCGGCCCCUUUGCAGAGUCCAGCCGGCGAGAAGGCAGCCGGCGACACAUCCGCAACUGGGGGGGAGCAGACUUUGACAAGGUCAAGACUGGGAUGGAGCAGGGCAAAGUGCGGCCUCCUUCGGCUCGGGGUGGUGCCCGCCACCGGGAGGAGAGGCUGGACAUGACGCUGUGCAUGACAGGACGGGAGCGGGCCGAAUAUGUCCGUUGGAAGCAGGAGCGGGAGCAGAUUGACCGUGAGCGCCUGGCCCGGCACCGGCAGGCCACGGGCGAGUGGCGCCGAGAGUGGGAUGCCGAGAAGAUGGACACCACGUUUAAGGAGGGAGCCAAGCCUGGAGGGUCUCAGGGCAGCAAGCAUGAUGAGUCUAAGCGCCCCCCCAAGAUGCCCACCUUCGGGUCACUCCUGCCUGAACACCCACCCCAGCGGCACAGGAAGGGCAGAGGCCGUGGGCACACACGGGGCUCAUCCUCCAAGUCUUACAGCAUGCACGAUAAUCGCUGGGAAAAGGAGGAGGGGCCAGAAGCAGUGCUGGCUGAGAUCAAGUCCGGCUCAGCCCCAGUGCGCCAGGUGGAGCUGGCCGCCUCACCCCACACAGCGCCUGAUGAGGACGAAGAUCAGUGGGAGGAUGUUAGCGAAGAGGAGGAGGAGGAGGAGGAGGAGGAAGGCAGUAUCAGCCACAGAGUUUUCUCAGUGGCAGAGGCUCCCCCCACCCGCUCAUCCCAGGACAACGUGGCCGAGCUGCCCAGCCAAGAUGGGCCGCUCUCGCUUGUCAUCCCCCCCUCUGAGCAGGAGACCUCAAAUGAAGACAGCAAACCCUUGACCCCUUUCUCACCAGCAGAGGGAUACCACCCAGUUUCUGACUGGGGGGAAGAGAUGGAGCUGAGCUCCCCCCGGGCCAACUGCACUAAGAGUCCCUUGACACCUUUGGAAGAUGUGGCCGUAGCCCCCCCAUCUGGAGCCCUGGCAGAAGAGCCUGCAGAAGGGCUAUGCACAUCUAAGCCUGGAGGACAAGGAACUGCUGUGGAACCCGCCCAGUGUCUGGCACCCAGAAGCAGCGGCAGCCCGGCAGAGAUCCCAGACAGCCAGCAGGAGACAGCCACGGUCUGAACCCCAGCGGUUAAUGCUGCACCCAUCCUUCCAACUAGGAAUACCUCCCCAGGAAGGAGGAGGCUGGCUGACCCUCUGCGUGCAUCAGGACAUGGCCCCUCUGCGGGCCUUCUGCAAGUCUUCCAUGCUUCUGGCUACAGAUGAGGGUGGCUGCUUUGUGCCCACAGGGAGGGGACUGUGGCUGGCCCCCUUUACUGGAAGGCCGGAGUCAGGUGGUCUGCAUGGCUAAACUGAAGGGACACAAGUAGUCUCCAAGGUCUCUCCCCUUCUUGUGCGGUGGGACAUCUGGGGAUGGGGAGUGUCACUGGGUCCUUUUCAGCCUUCCAAGGUGUAUUCUCCUUUCCUGCUCCUCUUAGAAGGGGCAGGUGCAAACGCAGGAUUCCACAUUUGUAUGGGUGCAGGAAAGGGACUUGGGGCGGGGGGGGGGGGGCGAGGCUGUGACCUUCCUGGGUGUUGUCCUCCUCCCACAUUUCCUUGGGCAGUGUCUGUAUUGACAGCCCCUCUGUAUGAUGCACAACUGAAUAAUUUCUUAUAAUAAAGCCUCUAAAGAGUU